AUGAGGCAUAAGCCAGACUUGUCCAAAGUGGAGAAGUUUGACAGGUCAGAACUGAAGAAAACUAAAACUGAAGAAAAAAAUACUCUCCUCUCCAAGGAAACUAUCCAGCAAGAGAAGCAGUGCGUUCAAACAUCAUAA